ACACUCGUUCCGCACACAAGUCGAAGCACGGCACGAAAAGCGCGACGGAAAAUCAAUAAUACAACGAGUGUGGGUUGAAACCUCAGUCGAGGCGAAUAUGGUCAAGAAGAUAACGUGCUGAGUUACUCACGAAAUGUGCUGUGUAGUGCGAGUGCAUUUUCCAUAAAAUUCAUCAAAAAGUCAUUUUUCGACUGCAUGUCUCGUGCGCGUCACCAUAGCGUUAAAAUUUUGUAAGGACGUUGCGGUGCAGGUCGGGUCUGACGCACCUUUUUAAUUUUCUCAUCUUAAUCUUAACAAUUAAGGGAAAAUGCCGCUAGGCAGCAUAUUGCGUCGCGCGUCCACGUAUAUUCUCGGUGCGGACGGCGAGGAUGAGAAGAUGAACAACUACGAGGAUAACGAGGUGUUGUUCUGCAAAAACAAUGUUUGCGUGCAUCCUCCGGCCAUUAUGAGGCAGGACACGGACGUGCUGCAUCAUCCCGGCUACCUCACCAUCACGACAAAAAUUUUCAUCGAUCAAUAUAACGAUGCUAAACGGCCGACGCUUAUGCUCACGUGGAUACCCAACAGCACGUUGAGGAAAUGCCCGCACACUCUGCAACCGUCGCCCAAUAAGAACGUCUACAACUACUCCAAACAGACGAGCGUGGAAAGCCUGAACUCGCUGGACUCCUGCGACGAUAACCGACCGAUGAGCGUGGGCAGUGUUGAUGGUAUGCAUUCGGAAUUCAAGAGUACUAAUCCUUUUCUCAACUACGUCAGUGACACCGACAAGGAAUCUGUAAGCUCGACUGAUAGUCUAGAGAAAAACUCCAUUAUUAAUAUCAAUGUGGAAAUAUCCAAUCCGGAUAUCGAGAUUAUCACAACACCAGAUAGCGUGAAGGAUAUCGGAGAGUCUUUGGAGAAGUUUGAGUUCAGUCGCUCUGAAUCGGUCACCUCGAAUGACAGUCAAUGCAACUGGUUUAGUCCCGAAUUUCUUGCCCAGAAACACAACUUGACCUUCCCGGAUAGUGCGUCUUGCUCACCGAUCUUACCAGCAAAAAACCAACACAAAUGCCGUCGCUUCAGCGUCGAUCUUUCACAGAUGCGCUCGUUGCGGAUGUUUUUCAACGACGCAAACUGCACAUGUGGACAACUGGUGGUGGCAUCCAGAGAGAGCCAGUACAAAAUUUUACAUUUCCAUCAUGGCGGGUUGGAUCAUCUUGCACAGGUUUUGCAUCAGUGGCAUUCUUUGCUACAUAAUAUUAAAUAUCCUAAAGGUCCCGAGGAGAAUCUCCCCUAUCGCCACUUCAUGGUAUGUCGUGCAGAAGUAUCCGCGCUCGAAUUGCACCCGGAAGAGGGUCAAGUAGGUAAAUUGACUGAAGACGUAUUUCGAUCACUGUUCAACGAGGCCGGUCAGCUCGAAGACGAUCUCACUCUGCGAAAGGCGGUAUUUUUUACUGGCAUGGAGCGUAACUUACGCAAAGAAGUGUGGCCUUUCCUACUCCAUUGUUACCCGUAUCAGAGUACAUUUCUUGAGCGCAUUCAAAUUGCGGAAAUCCGACGCCAGGAGUACGAGGAAAUAACGCGGCGCAGGCUUGACAUGAUCGGCAAUCAUCUGACACAGUUUAAAAGAAAAGUGCAGAGCGUUGUCGAAAAGGAUGUGGUGCGUACGGAUCGGGGAAAUCCGUUUUUUGCGGGGGAUAACAAUCCAAAUCUAGAUGUAAUGAAGAACAUUUUGUUAAAUUACGCGGUGUACAAUCCUGGCUUGGGAUAUACACAAGGAAUGAGUGAUCUGCUUGCGCCGGUGCUUUUUGAGCUUCGAGAUGAAGUUGCUGCUUUCUGGUGCUUCGUGGGUCUAAUGCAGCGGGCUGUUUUUGUUGCUACGCCCACCGACAAAGAUAUGGAUCGCUCUUUGAAGUUCCUACGUGAGCUCGUACAGAUUAUGGUGCCAAAAUUCCACCAGCAUCUGCAGAAACACAAAGAUGCCAAUGAGCUUUUAUUUUGUCAUCGAUGGAUUUUACUAUGUUUUAAGCGAGAGUUUACAGAAGCGGUCGCCUUGCGUAUGUGGGAAGCGUGUUGGGCAAAUUAUCUCACCGAUUAUUUCCAUUUGUUCCUCUGUUUGGCAAUAAUAUGCGUGUAUGCUGACGAUGUGAUUGCCCAGGAUCUGCGCGCGGAUGAAAUGCUGUUACAUUUCAGUUCACUGGCAAUGUACAUGGAUGGGGAAGUGAUUGCAAGAAAGGCGCGCGGUUUGCUACACCAAUUUCGUCAACUUCGAGAGAUCCCCUGUACGUUAUCGGGUCUCUGCAUGCGCUGUGGGCCUGGUAUUUGGGACAGUUCACAUUCGCCAAGAAUCUACUGCUCUGGCCAUGAGCAUGGAUAUUGUCCAAAUACGAUUAUACAGUAAAUCAACAACUGCUACCGUUUCACGAACCAACAUAAUCAUUCUAUUAAGGUGGAUCUGCUGCUAUCAAUCAAGAAAUUGUUAUUUAGUUUUUCACUCGCAAACCAUGAUGUCUAUAUAUUAUCAAUGCACAUUCUCUAGAGGAAUAGUGUGUUUCAAAAUGUGUUAAAAUCGGAUCCACUGGCAAUUUAACUAUAAUUUGCCAUUUUACUGCAUAAUCAUCUAACUGAAUACAAAUCAAAUUAAAGUAAGUACAUACCGAUAGAUGAAUACAAUGUUAUUGAGAUUUGACAUAUAAUAUCUAAUGUAAAACAUGAUGGGAUGAUGCUAAAUAUUGUAAAUUACAAAUAGCUUCACUUGUGUUUAAUUCACAAUAUGUUGGCUGUGCUUAAGGGAUUAGGAGACCUGUAUAAAACAGGCUGGGGUGUUUCACAGAAUAUUGUGUUACAGAACUUCAACAAAUGUGUAGGCAUCUUUCGUUGAGAAAAUUUAAUUGUUUUAGUCAAUAGUGGUAGUAGAUAUUUUUGCGUGGCACAACUGUUACAUUGGACGAACACUGUUACUGACAUUAGCCUUCUAUAGCAACAAAACCAUAACAGUAAUCAUGUAAUAUAUAAAGGUAUACAUAUAUAAAUAUUGAUAAAAUAAUGGCAUCGUUAUUCGCAGAGACGGACGACGGGGCCAGGCACGAAAUAGGUGCAUUCAAAGCACUGGACACACAUGACGAAGCAUGAUAGACAGUUUAUAUAUCAGAAUGUGUGGCAAUUACUGCUUAUUGUGCAAUUUAUUUUUCUAAUUGUAGCAUAUUCCACGUCAAACUGUAAAAUGCAAUCUUGCGUGUAAUGAGCGAAAAGAAGCAAAGGAGCAAAGAUAUAGCAAAAAACUGCAAGCAAGGGAAAUCAAUUUGGUGACUCUAUAAUUCCGACAAGUGCAUUCGACAAUAUUCUAAAAACAGAUUCAUCCCAAACCCAGGCAGCGUAUGCACAACACACAAAACAUAUGGCAGCAGUAUAAACAUUUCAUUUUCAAUUAUAUGAAAUAAAUAUUCUUACAAAAUGCGCUAGCCAAACACACGUUGGAAUUGUUCGGGAUAGGCUAAACAUAUGUACUGAUAACAAUAUGAUAUUAUUCACACCAAUUUGUUAAACUUCAGGUAUUCACAGCUAGCAUCAGUCGUAAGUACUUAAAAUAUGGUCUAAUCUAUAUGCAGUUUUAAUCAAAUGGAUACUAAACUAUUUACCACUUGACUACUCUCAAUUCACCAUCAUCUAUUACUGAUAUAACUGAUAUAAGCGUAAGAAUUCUACGACUCUAGUGUAUAAAUGAUUGUUAUGUUAUUAUUUAUAUUUUUGAACGAGGUUGCAACGUGUUACUUGAAUAAGUGCAGAUGUGAGUUACGAAUAUGCUUAAUUAAAAUGUACCAUAUGUAUUUUAAACUGUUUGUUUUUACAAUGUUAUUGAAGCGCAAAUGAAUAAUAAAAGCAUUAAGCUAAAUGCAUAUCGUCUGCAAGUAAAUCAA